CUUUGGAUUUACUAUUUUCAUUAGUAAUAGGGGUUGCUUUACAGCAGUUUUUUCACUACGCUUUACACCUCUUUAAAUGAAAAGCGUACAGAAAUAUUAUUUUUUAAAAAAAUAUAUAGCAAACAACUACCGUUAUGUCCACGGGACGCGUUAAGAGGGUACUGUGUGAAUAGUCGUUCAGAGAAGAUUUAAAUAAAUAAAAGAAAAUGGAAAACGACAGAAGGAACACAAGGAGAGAAAAGUUGCUGAAAACCACUCUAGAAUAAAUUUAGGAAAAGGGUGGCAGAUAUAAAUAAGCUUGCUUUCCCAUUCCCCGCCACCGUUAAUGCUCUGGAGGCCGGUGAAAUUUUUAAACAACAUCCCGGAGGAUUUUUCUACACUGGGGGGAGCCAUUUCCACACACGUUUAAUCGGAUUAUUAGACUAUCUCAUAGCUCUGCCACUCUUUCCCUUGGCUGCCAAUCAACCGGAGCUGCUGCCUGAGACUAAAACUAAAACGCUCUCAUCUCCCUACCCAGAAACAGACUCGUCGCAGUUACCCAGCAGCACUGUUCCUGCGGAAAGGGUCCGGCGUAAAAUGGCGGCGGCGGGAGGAUCACGUGACGCUCGCUGAGGCGCUGCUGGCAUGGAGACCGUGGAGACUCCCUGCGAAGGGGGAGAGGCCGAUGUGGAGGAACAAUUAGUCAUGGUGGAACUGUCAGGAAUAAUCGAUUCAGACUUUCUGGAAAAAUGUGAGAACAAGUGCAAAAUUUUGGGAAUAGACACAGAGAGGCCCAUUUUGCAAGUAGACAGAUAUGUCUUUGCUGGGGAAUAUGAAGAUACUCUUGGCACCUGUUUAGUGUUUGAAGAAAACAAAGAUCAUGAUGCAGAAGGCAACCAAAAAUUACAGUUAAAAUAUAAGUGCCACACAAUGAAGAAACUGAACAUGAUACGGACACUCCUGAGUGAGAAAAAGGAAGGGGAAGAAAACACAGGUGGUGGUGUGGAAUGGCUAGAGCUUAAGGACAAAGAUUUCUCAUACAGCAGACCUAACAUGAUUUGCAACUUCUUACAUGAAAAAGAAGAGGAGGCAGCUGAGUCCCAAGACAAACUGGCAGAAGAGUCUGAGGGAGAAGCCAGUGACAAAGGAAACAGUGAUCAGGCCUUUGAAACUGAGAUGCAGCCUAACAUUGGAACAGAUGACUGUGUCCCUCUUCUGAAUGCCACCUACUCUGAGGCAGUGGACUCUUCUUUGGUGGACAGUCAGGUUAUUGCUAGAGAUGAUUCUCCACAUUGACAGAAAGACUGUACCGAAGAUGACAAUUAGAGCUAAUUAUUAUUGUAUACUGUUGUUUUAGAAGACUCAGCGUGACCUGAGGUUUGUGUACACCCUAGAUAGGAAAACGGACCCUAAAUUUGUAUGCUGAGUUGUCAUUCACAGACAAAGAACAAUGCAGUUAAACCUACAUUCCCUAGAAAUGUCUACGUUCCCUUUGCCUUUUUGUUUCAAGCAGUGAUCCUCAUCCCAUAAGACCACAUUGCACUGUGAGCUACCUUUGAAACUCCAAGCAAAGCAAUUUGUGCAGCAGAGAGCUGCUAUUCAAAGGGCGGGGGAAAUCGUAUUCGGCAAAGCACAAGCCCUUGGGCAUGCCCAUCAGGCGCUCUGGAUUGUGGCCUUUGUCUAACAUUCCUGUCUUCAGAAUUGCAAAAAGCAGAGGAUGCCUGGGGAAGAAAUAAUAUCAACCCAUUCCUGAUUCUUUUCAAGUAUAGAAGUAAAUAAUUUUGUAAUUAUUUUUACAGUUUUGCUUGUACAGUUUAAAUGUAGAAAAUAAAUGUUUACAGAAAUGAUUGUACAAAAUAA